GAUGAGUGAUGGCCCCCUAUUUCUCCUAACCAAGCUGUACAAAUAUGCCCUGUACACAUUUGCGCCAGCAGCAAACCAGUAGUAGCACCAACGCAUCUCGCAAGCCACCGGUGUCCGCCUCCGUGGCUAACUAUACAAGUACGACUCCCCAGGACCCCAACGACCCAAUAGCUAGCAAACAAGGAACGAACACCCCCAUACGAUUCCCACGGCUCAAGGCAGAGGAAGACCGGGAAGAGAUACCCAUGGUGGAAUCGCCGUACCGUCUUCGGCAUCGCCGGCUGAUGGACACCGUGCCUGCGACGGCGAGCGGUGAUCCAGCGCCAGGACAUGGCGGCUCCAACGGGAUGCCGAUCAUGGUCUCCAUCCUGGUGGUGGUCAUCAUCUGCACCCUCUUCUACUGCGUUUACUGCUGGAGAUGGAGGAAGCGCAACGCUGUGAAGAGGGCUCAUCUAGAGAGGCUGAGGCCGCUCUCCAACUCGGACCUGCCGGUGAUGGACCUCUCCACCAUCGCCGCCGCCACCAACGGUUUCUCCAAGGAGAACAAGCUCGGCGAAGGCGGCUUCGGCCCCGUCUACAGGGGCGUGCUGGACGGCGGCGCGGAGAUCGCGGUGAAGCGGCUGUCGGCGCGGUCGCGGCAGGGCGCGGCGGAGUUCCGGAACGAGGUGGAGCUGAUCGCCAAGCUGCAGCACCGGAACCUGGUGAGGCUGCUGGGGUGCUGCGUGGACAAGGACGAGAAGAUGCUCGUCUACGAGUACCUCCCCAACCGGAGCCUCGACGCCUUCCUCUUCGGUACCAGAAAGACCGCGCACUUGGACUGGAAGAUGAGGCAGAGCAUCGUGGUGGGGAUCGCGCGCGGGCUGCUGUACCUCCACGAGGACUCGUGCCUCAAGAUCGUCCACAGGGACCUCAAGGCCAGCAACGUGCUCCUCGACAACAAGAUGAACCCCAAGAUCUCCGACUUCGGCAUGGCCAUGAUCUUCGAGGACGAGGAGAUCGAGGUCAUCAACACCGGCCACGUCGUCGGAACAUACGGGUACAUGGCGCCCGAGUACGCGAUGGGGGGCGUCUUCUCGGUGAAGUCGGACGUGUACAGCUUCGGGGUGCUGGUGCUGGAGAUCCUCAGCGGCCAGCGCAACGGCGCAAUGUACCUCCAGGAGCACCAGCACACGCUCAUCCAAGACGCAUGGAGGAUGUGGAGCGAGGACAAGGCGGCGGAGUUCAUGGACGCGUCGCUGGCCGGGUCGUACGCCAAGGAGGAGGCGUGGCGGUGCUACCACGCGGGCCUGCUGUGCGUGCAGGAGAGCCCGGAGCUCCGGCCGACCAUGUCCAGCGUGGUGCUGAUGCUCAUCGGCGACCAGGCGCAGCUGCCGGCGCCCGAGCAGCCGCCGCUGUUCGCGAGCCCGAAGAAGGCCCCGGCGUCGGACCAGUCCUCGCUGGCGG